CCCUGGGCUCGCUGCCCUCCCCACUCCCUUCCGGCUCGCCGGCGCGUCCUCGCUCUCUCGGUGGUUUCGGCUUCUUUCACCCUCUGCUCUUGCUUGUCGCAAUCGCUGUACAAAGGGCCGGGGGCGGGAGUGGGGGGCGGGCGAGGGGAGCCGGGCCCGAACUGGCUCCCUCGGCGGGGCCGCGGCCAAUCCGGAGCGCGCCCCCCCGCGCGGGAGGGCCCUGGGCAGCCUCUCGCGGCCGGGCGGAGCCGCGGGCAGAGUGGGGAGCUCGCGGAGGGGACGGCCCCACCGCCCGCCGCCCGCCGCCCGCCGCUCGCCAGGGGCUCUCCUGCCUCGCCAUGCCGCCGUGGGGCGCCGCCCUCGCCCUGCUCCUGGCCGCGCUCGCCCUGCUUGGCCUGCUCGCUCCGCGGCUGCGGCGCCCCGGGAGGCGCGCCGUCGGAGCGAGGACCCCUCCGGGGGCCCGGGUCCAGGACCACGCGGAGGAGGGGGACGGCGGAGGGCCCGCAGACCGGUUUGACGACCGGCGUGAGCCGCUGCCCGGCGGGUGCAGGCUCAUCUGUAAGCCGUCGGCGCUGGCCCAGUGCCUGCUGCGCGCCUUGCGACGCUCGGCAGCGCUGGAGCCGGGCCCGCGCUCCUGGCUGUCUGGGCCCCACCUGCAGACCCUCUGCCACUUCGUGCUGCCGGUGGGGCCCGGGCCUGAGCUGGCCCGGGAGUACCUGCAGUUGGCGGACGACGGGCUGGUGGCCCUCGACUGGGUCGUAGGACCUUGCGCCCGGGGCCGCCGGGUCACCAACGCCGGGGGCCUUCCUGCGGUGCUGCUGGUGAUCCCCAAUGCGUGGGGGCGCCUCACACGCAACGUGCUCGGCCUCUGCCUGCUCGCGCUGGAGCGCGGCUACUACCCGGUCAUCUUCCACCGCCGCGGCCACCACGGCUGCCCGCUGGUCAGCCCCCGGCUGCAGCCUUUCGGGGACCCGUCCGAUCUCAAGGAGGCGGUCACUUACAUCCGCUUCCGACACCCGGCGGCCCCGCUCUUCGCGGUGAGCGAGGGCUCGGGUUCGGCGCUGCUGCUGUCCUACCUGGGCGAGUGCGGCUCCUCCAGCUACGUGACGGGGGCCGCCUGCAUCUCGCCGGUGCUGCGCUGCCGCGAGUGGUUCGAGGCCGGCCUGCCCUGGCCCUACGAGCGGGGCUUUCUGCUCCACCAGAAGAUCGCCCUCAGCAGGUAUGCCACGGCCCUGGAGGACACAGUGGAUACCCGCAAACUGUUCAGGAGCCGCUCCCUGCGAGAGUUUGAGGAGACCCUCUUCUGCCACACCAAGAGUUUCCCCAUCACCUGGGACACCUACUGGGACCACAACGACCCCCUUCGGGAUGUAGACGAGGCUGCCGUGCCUGUGCUGUGUAUCUGCAGCGCUGAUGACCCCGUGUGCGGGCCCCCAGACCACUUUCUGCCGACUGAGCUCUUUCACAGCAACCCCUACUUCUUCCUCCUGCUCAGUCGCCACGGAGGCCACUGUGGCUUCCUGCGCCGAGAGCCCUUGCCAGCCUGGAGCCACGAGGUCAUCUUGGAGUACUUCCGGGCCUUGACUGAGUUCUUCCGAACGGAAGAGAGGAUGAAAGGGCUGAGCAGGCGCAGAGCUUCGGUCCUAGGGGGCCGGCGACGGUGGGGAACCCUGCAGAGGCGGGAGAUCUCUCCCUCUUCCAAUCUGGAGGAGAUCUUUAGCUGGAAACGCUCAUAUACAAGGUGAGACCUAGCCCGGGAACCCCCCAAGUUCUGUAAGGAAGAGCAGAGCUGGGCAUGGGAGAGUCGUCAGAAGUGAUGAGGACCGAAUGGGGCAAGCAGCUCCAGCUCUUUGCCGCUGGUUCAGCCCCUUCUCUCUUAAACUGGUCUGUGGAAAGACAUGGAAGUUCCAGCAAGCUGGCGCCGCCUUUACCCUGAACGGAACUCCUGCCCAGACUCUGCUCAACACACUCCUGCUCAUCCUGGUCAGCAGCUGGGCAUUCCCAGUCAUUGUCUCCUGUUACCAACCUCAUAAGCCAAAGAAUAGCAUCGUUUAAGUCCCUGGACUCAAGAGAAAAUGCUCUCUCACUAGCAAUGACUACAGAGAAGAUGAGUGUAUGUGUGUCACUGGGCAGCCCUGUCCCACAUAAAUAAUCAGCUCUGUGACCCUGAUUCUCAAGCUGGAGCCACUUAAUGUAGUGAGGGCAGGAAGUUUGUGUCUUGGUCCCGCUUCCCUCAUUUUGUCCUGUGGUUGUGGAGCUCUGCUGACGUCACGCGGCCGCAGCUCUGGAAGCGGGCUCACAGUGUUACACUUGUGAGUGUGAGAAAGGUGGCAGAGGCAGUAAGUGCUGUGCUGAAACUGGGUUGGUGAGACAAGGUUGAGAGUAUGAACGUCUGUGUCUGGGAUACUGAGGUCCGGUCGUUCAGACAAGUUCUGCAAGUCUUGGUUGGGAAAGGGGCCGAUCUGCGGCUUCAGCUGAAACCUCAAGCCUUCCUGGAGAGAUCCCCCAGAUGAUUUUGGGAAUGGGAAGUCCUCGCACGCAGGGUCUGCUGGACCAUGGCUCAAGGAGCCAGACUCUUGGGCACGCUAGCUGCUCCCUCCAGUACUUUUUUGGGAGAUUACUCCAGAAAGCCCUAGCCAGAGCCAUUUUCUCCUGAAACGUGGGCUUUCUGUAAGUGGUGAAAAGUGUAAACCUCAUAUCUUAGGUGUCUUCUGGUUAGUUGCCCUGUUUUCUGACACUACUACUAGUCCCUCCCUCUCCAGAGCCUGCAGAGACAUCUGGGACCAGAGAAAACAAAAGUUCCAAGAGGUUGGCUAGAGCUGACACAGUGAUUUAUGAAUAUUUCACAUCUCUAUGCUCUUUCUGCUGAAUUAUUCAAAAAGCCAUCCAUGUAGAUGCAGAAAAAGCUUCUUGCUGGAUCUGGCCACUCAGUGACUGUUUGGUUUUAUGAGAAAUAAUGCUGAAGACCAGAGUUAAAUAAGGCAUUGUACAGAUUGAUCCACAUAUCCUGUUUUGGAUAAGGCCGUUACACAACAUAAUAGGACAUCCCGUUCCAUGUGCUGCUAAGAGCUUUGCCCUGAAAUUUUAUUUUAAUUUGUCAUCAAGAAAGAGGGCACCUGUGUUGACAGGAGGUUCUAUCCUGGCCUUACAAACAGCAAAGCAAUUUUAAAGAGGAGAGAUGUUUACCAAAAGUCAUGUCCUAAGGCUUGGUAUGAGGAAUUCCUGGGGCCGUGAUUUCAGGUUUGGAUAAUCUUAACCCAGCCUCAUUCUUCUAGAUCAAACAAGAAGAAAGUCUGAACUAUCCGAGAAUCUAAAUGGAAAUGUAGAUAACACUCAGUUGUCUAAGGUACAUUAUCCUGUCAUGAAAAAAUUACCUCUCUCCUUCCCCACUUCUUGCUCCUCCUCAUCCACAUUCCUCAUCUAACAUCCUCUCACCGUUUCUGAGCAGUUGAAAUAACAAGGAACUGAAAUCUAAA